AUGCCGUCCUCAAAGCUGGUGUACAACUGGUACAUCUCCAUUGUGGCAGCCAUGUGCAUGGUGCUCUAUGGAUACGAUGCCUCGACCUUCAACUCGAUCCAGGCCUCAGAUAACUGGCUGAAGUGGUUCGGCCUUACUUCAGACAGUACAUAUAUGCUCGGCUUGAUUAAUACCGUGUACUCUAUCGGUGCGAUUGUGUCUGGUUGGUUUCUUGGAGGUCCUAUCGCCGACACUCUGGGACGUCGAUGGGGUAUGGCGCUCGGUUGCUUCGUCACUAUCUGCGCCACUAUGUUGCAGACCUUUGCUCCCAAAGGCAGCCUGGGCUGCUUCAUGGCAGGCCGUGUCAUCGUAGGCGUCGGUCAAGGAAUGGCUCUGACCGCCGGUCCUGUCUACAUUGGUGAGAUGGCGCCUCCCGAGAUCCGAGGCUACAUCAUGGCCUUCUGGCAGACCUUCUACUCCGUCGGCUCCUUCAUUGCUUACUGGAUCAACUAUGCCUGCUCGCUCCACCGCGAGAAGCUCGGAGAGUGGGACUGGAAGAUGGUUGUGAUCUUCCAGAUCCUCGUCCCCACCAUCAUCAUCAUUCUCCUGCCCUUCCAGCCCGAGUCUCCCAGAUGGUACAUCAAGAAGUCAGGAAAUAUCGAGGCUGCCCGUGCUUCCCUGCGCAGGAUCCGUGACACCGACGCUCAGGUCGAGGAAGAGCUGAUGGUCAUUCGGGAGGCCAUCGAGUAUGAGAAGGAAGCCAUCUCCUCUGGCUACUCCGCCCUGUUCAAGGAUCCAUCAAUCCGCAAGCGCAUGUACAUCGCCUUCGUCCUCAACGCUGGCCAGCAGCUCACGGGCCAGGGCACGCUCAACUCGUACUCGACCGCCAUCUACAAGAAGGUCUGGAAGUCCACCGCCAAGAUCAACCUCAUCAAUGCGCUCAACAGCACCUUCGGCAUCCUCUUCACACUCAACGCCGUCUGGACAGUCGACCGCUUCGGCCGCCGCUGGCUGCUCAUCGUUGGUGCGCUGGGUAUGGCACUCUGCACCAUGCUCGUUGGCAUCGUUGGCCUGACCACUCCUGGCACAUCGUCCAAGUCUGAGCCAGUGGGCAUUAGCAUUGUCUUCCUGCUGUUCUUCUUCAUCUUUUUCUACAAGCCAUCGUGGGGAGCCACCGUGUGGAUCUGGACGUCCGAGGUCUUCUCGAUGAAUGUGCGUGCACAGGCUGUGGGCAUGUGCUCGCAGACGCAGAACGUCGCCCAGGCCAUCUUCAACCAGUUCUUCCCGCUCUUCCUCAAGAACGAAGGGCUCAAGUGCAUGUUCUUCUUCAUGUCUAUUAAUAUUGUCCUCGCCGCCUUUGUCUGGUGGAUCGUCCCCGAGACGAAGCAGGUACCGCUCGAGGAGAUCGACGUGCUCUUUGGCGGCGCCAACCACGUCGACAAGGGCGCCCAGAUGCUCGGUGUCCCCGAGGCGGAGAGCGGUGCGCACCAUGUCGCGGAGAAGGAUGGAAGGGCGGUUGUUCAGGAGGAGGAUGCUCAUAUUCAUCAUGCUUAA